ACGUAUGGGCCGGUAGGUGCCAACUUACCUACUGGCAGCGGUGAGUAGGUCGCUGUCAUCUAUUCGUGAGGUGGAUCACAGCGCGCACGUGUAAACCAACGGAACCAGUAGGGGCGCUGUUGAGCGGCUGUUCAGACUGGACUGUUUUUGAUAUCGAUUAUAUUAUCGAGCGCAACUUAGCCGCUAGCUAGCUGUGUCGUGUUAGCUUACCCCAACCUUAACCGCAAUAACGCCCGAAGAUGCUGAACGUAGCAAUUAGCUUGCUGCUAUCUGUUAGCUAGUAGGUAGAGCACGCGCCUACUGGCCCGUGCGUAUGGGCUGAUCACUACUGAUCAUGGACAUGUGAUUACGGUGAUAACGUCCGAAGCGGGUGCGGCCUGACAGCGGCUGAAGUCACCUGGCUGAAGAUGGGGAAGAAGCUCAGAGCAUUCACUCAGGCUUUUAGGAGGAGGAAGAGGGUUCAGUCUGCAUCAGCGAACUACGUGCAAGACGCACCGGAGCAGGAAGAGGUCAUCCCCCUACAACUGAACCACAUCCAUGAGACAGAUCAGCAGGAGGUGCAGGAGACGGUGCCGUGUAGGAACCUCUCUGAGCUCCUUCAGAUGCGUCCUGGUUCAGACGUCAACACAUCGGUGGAUGGAGUCCCUUGUCUAGAAUGCACUGACUCACACUCAGAGCAACAAAACCAGAAGCAAGGUGGCAAUUGCCUUGUUCAGUUAUAUGUAUCCCAGCAGUUCCCAGAACCACCAGAGAAUCUGAACCAGAACCUUCAUCAGCACCUGCAGAACAUCCAGAGCGCUGUGCUCAACGAGCUCACGAGGCUGAGUCGUGUGUUGGAUGAGCGUCUGAUGGGUCAUCUGAUCAACUGCUACCAUAGACAGACAUUUAACCAGAUGCAUCGUCUGCUGCAGAACAUCAGCUCCACCCAGAACCACUUUGUGCUGAUGAUGUGGGUCCUGAAAACCUACCUGAGUCAGGAGCUGCUCGGACACCCUGACCUUCAAAAAGUAGAUCCCAUCAAAAGCAUAGACCUGCUGCUGUUUACAGAGUGGGAAGCGAAGGCCAGAGACAAACUGCUUCAGAGCGUGCAUGAAGAAGUCGCCGAGUCUCUGGAGAACAUCCUGCUCAAUGAGAAAACCCAUGAACAAUGCAACAGUGAGGAGGAUUAUGUCAGAGUCUUCGUGGACACCAUUCAGUGCAUCAAAGCUGUGCACAAAGCAGCACAACAAAUCAGCUCAAAGCUGUCUGAUGAUGUUCAGAACGUUUGUUUUCAGCAGCUGCUGGUUUUUGUAAAGAGGUACUCAGACGAGCAGACUGAGGGUCUUGGAAAGAAAGCAGUGAUGCCAGAACCAGAAACAAUUCAAUUCUUAAAGACUCUGAAAACCUGUAAAGAACUCAAACAACACGUUCAAGUUGAAGCUGCUGGAGCUUCGUAUUCAGGGGAAAUUGUUAAAACACUGGACAAGCUGGAGGUUUUCACUCUGAACCUGCUCCUGGACAUCGUCAAUAAAAUGGCAGAGGCUAACCUCAGCACGUACUUCAAAUCAGACAGCAAGUGUUUCUCCUUGCUUCCUGCAGUACAGAAACGGUUUCCAAAGCAGUGCUAUGGUGCAGAUGAACAGAAGCUUCUAUAUUUUCAGAGGGUUUUGAACAAGGCCUACAAGCUCAUAGUUCAGAUUUAUGUCAAACAUCUGAUCAAGACCAACAAGCGUCAACUGGAGAGUUGUUGGAAUCCUGACGUCAGCAAAACCAUCGGUGAAGAUGCUCAUGGAAUUCACAGCAUCAUGUCAGAGCUGGCCCCCGACGUUCCACAGCAGAACCGACUACUGCUGAAGGUCAAGGAGCUGUUGGACUGCGAGUGCAACGAGGCGCUGAAGCUCACAGCUGCGACCAUCCAGGAAGACUUUGGCAAGGACCCAGAGCUCCUGCCUGCCCUGCUCAAGUGGAAGGGCCUUCCUAAAGGGCAGGUGAGGGAGGUGCUGGAGACCAUUCAACACGACUACCACCACCAGUCCUGUUGCUCAUCUGUGAAAUGCUGGUAAAGACAACAGGAGGGGGGUGGUGGUUACUCCUGGUGGACUCCCUACAGACCGGGGUCCUCGGGUUCCCCUCUCCCAGGCUGGGAGUGUUUGCCUCUGGGUCUCCUGGGCUGCUGCAGCUCUGCCCGGGGGUUCUGUGUUCUGUUCCCUCCUGGAACUGAAGGUGUGUGGGCUCCCUGGCUACUGGGUUUCCUCCCUGUGCUCGUUGACUGUGUGUAGCGACUGGGUUCCUCCCAUCAUCACGGCUUGUACAUGUGGCAUUGUUCAUGCACCAACGUCUGUCUCACCUUUUGGGUGAACAAUGUUAAGCUACAGCUUUACUAACCUUGUAGUGGGACGCUCAACACCUCAGCUGAUAAACAGGCUUUGUAAACUUAGCUGUAAGUAUUACUGGUACUUAUCACCAUCAAUAUCAAUAAUGUGUAAUUAUGGUAGUUGUGAUGUUAUGUCACAGCUAUUAUUAAGUAUUAUGCGAUUAUGUAUAAUAAUAUUUAUGCAUAGAUGUGUAUGUACAGUAUAUUAUAUAUGUCUGUAUGCACAAGUGUAUGCACACGCCUUAACACAAGUAUUAAUAGUAAUUUAACAGUUAAAGCACAGUACAGCAGUUAUUUACUUAUGAACGUGUCCGCCUAAGGUAUUUAUUUAUUUAUUUAUUUACUCUAUUUACUGUAUUUCCUAUUUUUUUGCUUCAUUGAUUCGCUUGGUCUCAGUAGGUUUUGCACUCUCUCUACUACUUCCUCUGUAGACUCACAUCCUUCCCAGAUUAGCUGGAAUUACAAUAAAAUGACAGGACCUUGGCUUAAUGA